GAGGGUCAUGUGAAUUCUUUUUGAGUGGUCAUACUUAUUCAGAACACUGGAAUUGUUGUGUCCGUAAGUUUGGAACCGGGUGGCAUCACAAUCAAUCAUCCACCAAGCACAGGCCGGGACUGGAGUGAGUCUUGAGUCGUGUCGAGUUCUUGACUGACUCCAGACUCAAGGCACAGAAGGAAGUCUUCUGAUCUAAACACUGACUCCAGCACUCCAGUGGCUUUAUGAAGACAGACUUGUCAGACCGUUAGAUCGGGAGACAGCGACCUAGUGUGGAGCUGUAGCAGGCUUCGCCCGUCAUCAUUUUUCUGGUUUGAGGCCCCCCCUCCCCCUGCUGUCAGCCUUCACCACGGAGUCGAAGGGCAAGCGAGGGGAGCAGAAGAAGGCUCUGACCAUGUCCAGGGGCAGCAUGCGGCCCCCGCCCGUGUGUGCUGACUGCUCUGCUCCCGAGCCGACCUGGGCAUCCAUCAACAGGGGUGUGCUGAUUUGCGACGAGUGCUGCAGCGUCCAUCGCAGUUUGGGCCGUCACAUCUCGCAGGUCAAGAGCCUAAAGAAAGGACAGUGGUGUCCAAGCCAACAUUCGAUGGUGUAUAUUCUGGCUAGCAAUGGAGCAAACAACAUCUGGGAGCACACCAUGCUUGACCCGGCACAGAACAAACAUGGCCGACGGAAACCAGGUCCCAGGGACCCGCUCCAUCCCAACAAAGCCGACUUCAUCCGAUCCAAGUACCAGUUCCUGUCAUUUGUGAACAAGCAGAAAGACAGCGAUGCCAGCUCCCUGGACGAUGUCAGCAGAGAGCUCCACUCAAGUGUUCGAACAAAUAACGUAGAGACCUGUCUUCGUCUCUUGUCCAAGGGCGCAGAUCCAAACUACUUUCACAGGGAAAAGGGUAACAGCCCGAUCCACGUGGCUGCACAGGCGGGCCAGAACGUGCAGGUGGAGCUGCUCUGUGUCUACGGCGCCGACCCCGGGGCCAAGGACGCCAACGGACGCACGCCGUACGACUACGCCAAAGUGGAGGGUUUUCCUGACCUGGCGGACAGGCUGGUAGAGUUGCAAUACGAGCUGACGGACAGACUCACCUUCUACAUCUGUGGCAGGAAGCCUGAUCACAGGACGGGUCAGCAUUUCAAGAUUCCAGAACUGGGAGACAACAACGCUGAUCUCUCAGAACUGGCCAAACAAGCCAAGAAAAAGCUGCAAUUAUUGGCGGACCACUUGUUUGAGGAGCUGGCCAUGGAUGUGUACGACGAGGUCGACCGACGAGAAAACGAUUCAAUCUGGCUGUCGACCCACGACCACACAUCAGUCCUGAGCGAGAGGCUCACAGUCCCACAUCUGCCCGUCAAUCCAGAACUUUCCACAACACGCAAUCAGGGCCGCCAAAAACUUGCCCGCUUCAACGCCCGAGAGUUUGCCACCCUGGUGGUGGACAUUCUGCACGACGCACGACGCAGGCAGGUCGGCUUUCCCUCCCCCGUACAGACGCCCAAAGACCCCGACAAGCUUGGCCGCGGCUCGCAGCACCUGAGCAUGAUGAGCGACGACGAGCCGCUGUAUGACAGCGUAGCGUCGGACGAAGACUACAGCAGUAUUGACACGCAGAGUAUUAAAAGUGUGCGGGAAGAGACACGGCCCGACAUCACAGCCGAGGGUCUGCUCAAGGCCAAGCGUUCGAACACGCCCUGCUCCAUGAUUUCCUUCACUGAGAGCGUGAGUGACAAGCGCACGGAGGCCCCGGUCUCCUCGGAGGAACUGCUGGAAGUGAGGCGGGCUCUGGCGGCGUCCGAGGCUACCAUCAAACAUCUGGUGCAGGCGAAGAUGGACUUGGAGAAGCGGGUGGACUGCCUGAUGCGAGAGAACGCAGACCUUCGGGUCAACAGCCAGGACUUCUCGGCCCUGGUCAUGAACGGCUACGACGCAACGAGGGAGCCAGGGACUGACAGCAACCACCGAGGGGGUGAGGGGGAGGAGGAUAUGCCACCACGUUCACCGUCACUCAGGUCAAGUGGGGCGCGGCCAACCUCCAUGAUUGAGAUGAGAGAUUCCAGCCGACAGAACAUGCAGGGGGGUCAAGGUUCAAAUGCUCAGAUGAUGAGUUCUGCGUCGGUGACCAACAUUUCUUUGUCGGGAUCGGAACAGGGCAAGAGCAAGACUCUCUCUGUGGCAGGCUCCACCAACGUGGAUGAGCCGGACGACCCCAACACCGAAGGUCACUACGACAUACCCAAGUCACAUCUCUCCUUGGACGGGGCAAACGAGGGUCAAGUGCAGGAAGUCCUGUCGUCGAUCAGGGAGUCAUCGGAGAGUGAAGGUCAGGGGUCAAACUCGUCUCUGGCCGCCUGCGGAGACGAUCCAAACAUGCCCACCCAGGACGAGGUGGUGAAGAAAACGGAGAAAGUUACCAAGAAAAUCCAAGAACUGCUGGUGUCGGCCCAAGAAGGGAAACACAACAGGAAACUGGGUCGGAGCGGCUCCAAGACGCCCGUGUAGUCCUGGUGGCCAGCGCCAGGCGGCUGCGGGAUGAGUGCAAGUCCUGGCCACCCUCGCUGGAGCAGGACGCCAACCCAGACUUUCGGCUCAAGACCCAGCAGGUCAUUCAGUACGCCUACGACAUCGCCAAGGCAGCCAAGAAACUAGUGACUCUCUUCCAGUGAUGGGCGGGGAGUGUGGCUCAUUGUGUGUGUGUGUGUGUGUGUGUGAGAGUGUGUGUUGUGUAGUGUGUGUGUGUGAGAGUGUGUGUUGUGUAGUUGUGUG